CUUUUUUAUUUUUUAUUAUUUUGCUCAAACAUUUUUAUUUUAUUAUUUUGGACAAGCAUAAUUUUCGACUCUUUUCUAAAUUCUAAUUUGAUUUACAAAUAAUGAGAUUAAACAUAUACUAGUUCUGUGAAAUGCAAAAUUUAUUUUCAUAUUUGCUCUAAGCAUUUGUGAAAUUAGAUCCCUUUUGGGUGUUCAACUAUUAACUGCAAAGAAUGGAUUUUGAAACUAUGGAUUGUGAAGUAUCUGGUCCACUUCUUGACGCGACUCACCAUCAUGCUGAUCAAACUCUCUCGAAAAAUCAGUUGAAGAUGCGAGAGCAAGCGUUCAGAAAGAGAGUCUGCGCUUUCACCAGUGAGCCCAAAUACAACGCUCCCAUAUUUGGUAUACCCGUCAAGAUUUCGCCCUCGGUGAACGACCACUCUCAAAAAUUGAUCAAGGAAGCCCUGGGUGAUUAUGACGAAUUUAAACCGGUUCUCGAAAAGAUGUUUCAACCUUUCUCCCGCAAAUCCUCCUCCGUUAAUCGCCCCGUUCCUGUCAUCGCAAGUCAGUCUGGUCACGCCAUCGUCGAUACUAACGAUGCUAAAGUUGGUCCGAGUGAUAUCAAAUCUACCAACACCGAUGAAAGCAUCAAGAUUGGCGUUGACGACAAGCUUUCGAAUUCUCAAGGUACCCAGGGUGCUCCUAAUAAUUUGGGCCACAACACCGCUAAAUUUAAAAGCGCGCAAAAUAAUGUUUCGAGAUCAAAUAAUGACCUAGUUGUUAAUCAAAAUUGUACCCUUAACAUUAAAAAUCUCGACAACACCUGUAAUCUCUCUAACCCAGCUAAACCAACAUCUAGUCUAAAGACAUCAUCCUUUAAAUACCAGUUUAGGGAGGAUGUCGAUAUAUCACAAAUAAUACAAGAAUGUUUUUCAUUACCUGCACCACUUUCUCCAAUCAAUUCUCAAGCAAAUAUAUCCUCUUCCAAACAUGCAUUCAACAUUCAUGAAACGGUUAACAUCGUAUCAUCAUCAUUUUCCAAAAUCUCAACGACUCAGAAAUUACCCGAAAAACGCGAAGUAUUCGUGGCGAAAAAUAUCGAUACAAAUAAAAACGACGACACAAUUAUGCCAAAAAAAAACACAUCUGAUAGUAACCAUGGCUAUAUCGACAAAUACAAAGUUCAGAAGGAUUCCGCCGGUCAUCAAAAUGGCUUUCGUAAUGAUCGGUCAAAUGCCAAUUUAAUAAAAGAUAUUGACCAAAAUUCCAAUAAACCAAACGGUGAUAUAGCUUUAAUCGAUUUCGAGACAUCCCUCAUGAAAGAUACUCAAAAUGGCAUUAUAAGGACUCAAAAACUGAUGACUCAAUUGCAAGAGGACUCGGCUAAGGACAACGACUGGUCUCUGAGCAGCUUUCUAUCUCGAGAAUUGGACCGAUUGACACCCUUACCUCAAGUCAAAGAAACUUUGGAUUUGGAGGCGGAAAUCGAGGAACGUCUAGAAGGGCCCGUCGAUGCAUGUUAUUACAACGUGGUGGACUUAGGCUCCACUCUCAAACCAAACCAUUUUCACAACAAGGGUACCGACGGAAUUUCUCAUGCCAAAGGGAACAAAGGUAAGCAACCCGCAGACAAUUGUGAGGGUCCACGCGGAGCAACCGCACGCUUGGCUAAGGAGUAUCGCCUUUUGGCUCGCAAAAAAACACCGCCGCCUUCAUCAUCGGUCUCCUCUAUCCUGACAGAUAAUUGUGCCGACACCUUUAUCGAUAAAGAUGCCUCGAUAAUAAAUAAUUUUAAUGAUCGCAAUAACACAAUUAAUCAAGAACCACCCCAAGACACUCCCCAAACGGUACAAGUUAAGACGAUCGUAUACUCUACUCAAAAUAUUAAAAAACGUUGCCGUGACACAUCCGAAGGCGUUGGCAGCAAUAAAAAAAUGAAGAUCACCUCGAUUGAAACCUCAUUUCAAAAUGCUCGCCUCGAACCUAACGGCCUCCCUGUUAAUGUAGAUAUAAUUGUAGUCAAAUCUAACCUCGAUUGUCCAGCAAAUAGAGAAAAUGGUAAUUGCCCCAUUUCUAAUAAAACUUCUGUUAACAACUUUAGCGUCCUUUGCGCUCUCCCUAAACAGGGUGUUGUCAAACGAAAAACUCUUUCCGAAAUCAUUGCGUUAAAUAACCCCUUUAUUGGUGUCGUCGAUCGAAAAAAUUUAAAGAACCCUGUGGCCCCCAAGGCCCCCCAUCCUCGCAAAUUGCCCUCCUCUUUGACCGUUCGCAUUGAUUUGUCGCUUGUGAAAAAGAUUCCUAUCUUACCCUACCUCUACAACGGUUGUUCCACUUCCGCUUCUGGCGACGCCGAUUGCGAUCCGUUAACCUUCCACCUCGCUUCUCAAGCAGAUUUAUCCGUCUCCUCGGCUAGCACUAUUGGGGAUUUUUUUCCCCUCAAACCUCGUCGAGAAUCAGUAACUGCUAAUGAGCCCUCAACGUCUCUUGCGACAGCCCAGAGAACUCAUGGCCUCGUCAAAUGCGGAGAUUCGCAUAGCCAUUUGAAUCUCGAUAAUUCUAAUUAUCUCGAUGACGUAAGAAACCAAUCGCAACAUCCUACCAAUGAAAUUCGUUUAGCUCAUCUAAAUACCCAGUGUAAUAGCCAGGACGACCAAAGAAUGGGACAAAACGUUACUCUAAACGAUAGAUCAUUUGCUACAACACCGGCCCUACCUGAAAGCAGGCAAAUUCAAUCAUCGUCAUACAACCUGAAAUGGAACCACGAGCAAGCCACAUUGCCCCCGCCUCUUGACUCGUAUAACACCCGAUUUUGGUGCAGCAUUGGUCUCGAUCCCCGCUUAUCUCUGGUUUCAUCUCAUCAUCUACUCCGCGUCGCUAAGAAUUUAAAGCGUGCUGCCGAUAGAGAGUGUGAUAAAGAUCGAAAAAAGAUGCUAUACAUUGACGCUGUUAUUUAUUUCAUAUUUUAUGGUGAUUACGUCGAAAAUGUCACUGGAGAUUGCCUACGAGCCUCUAGCGUUUACAGUGAUACUCUCAAAUUAUGCACUCACAUACUGGAUAGGAUUGAAAAAUCUUGUAAUGAUCGUGCACAGACCAAACUCUACUUGAAUAAUUUUUGCGCGGCUAUCUUAAUCUAUAAAAUCGAAUCUUUUCUUUACUACAAAUUAUACCGGUGCCAAAAACAACGGGGUUCGGCUCAUGACAUUCCACGCAAUCAAAAAUUUUUAAUGCCUAUUGCCAAAGUCCAUUCCCUCUUUUUGUCGAACAAAGACAACUCCAGCAACACCACGAAUUCAUCAUUUAAUAAAGAUGCUCAAGGAGGGGGCUUUGAUGCAAAUCUGUCCUCUGACGUAUCCGUCCUUCAUGAACAUCUUACUAUUCUUCAGAAUUUGUCGGCAUGCCAUGAGCUUUGGGACAUUUCCGAGGACAUGAUUAAACAUUAUUCCACCUUAUGGCCCAACGAUGAUAACAACAAUGUGGUUUGUUUUGAACGUGUUGUCCAUGUGUGCCGUUUGCACCUCAACCUAAACUGCUCAACGUGGCAGUUGGCGCUCUACGUAAAAUUUUGUUUGCACUCAUCCGGCUACACUACGCAAAGCGACAUAUAUGAUCCUGACUUCCUUCCCAUGACCGGAAACGAUUCCGGGAAUCUUCGUCUAAAAUCAAACCCUAAAAACAAUCCUCAAACUAUUAAUAAUAAUGCCGAACCUGGCAAGGGUAAUGGCAACGAUCGGUCUCAGGGUAGCACCGGGGGGAACAUUCACCACAGGAUCAAAUCCGUUCGAUGAUUAUAUAAUGUAUUAGAAGGAUAGAUAAAUCACAUUUACCGAUAAUUAUUCAAUUAAUUUUUUUAUAUUAUAAAAAUAACAAAAUUUACAAUUUUUUUGAUGUUGCACAAUAUAUUUGUGUAGUAUCAAAAAAUAUAAAUAAAUUAAAGUAUUCAUUCUUCCCAAUUUCAUAAAUAACGAGAUCCUCACAUGUCUCCCCCUACGUAUAUUAUAUGUGAUAAAUCUUUUGAAAAACCAUUAGCCUUCUUGUGUUAUUAUUUGCUCCAUAUAUAAUAAACCUUUCCUGAAUCCUGUCCCACUAAUCCCUCUCAACAGUCAACGUAGCACACGAGAGCUGCUGAAUUAACUUUUUAAUCCCUCAAAAAAAAUAUUUCUGGAUAACAUUAAUCAAUCCAGCGUAUAUUUUUUAUUGUUAAAUUUUUCUUCUUCCUUUUAUAUAGCAUGUGUUUUAUUUAACAAACUCUUAAUUUGUCAUAUUAUAUAAUGUAUAAGCAUAUACACUACCUCGUUUAUUCUCACAAUAACACGAGUAAAAAGUUGUAGAUAAUAUUUGAUUUUCUUACUAAAAUAUUAUUUUUAAUACAUACAUUUUAUUGAACACACCUUACCGUACAUUAAUUAAAGGCUCAUCGCGAUUUAAUUAUAAAAACAAUAACAAUACACAUAAUUUAUUUAUUCCACAUCAUAAAGACUGAGUUUUGAUAUGAAAAUUUGACAUUUUUAUUUUUUCAUAUUACAAAACCAUUAUUAAAAUAAUUGUAUUUUUUUAAAAUUUACAUUCGUUUUUAUUUGUUUGGUGGAAAUUAAAAAAGUAAUAAUAUAAAUAUUGGAGUUGUUUUUUCAUUAUUUUAUAUGAAUGAAUGGGUAGAUUGGUGAUGAUGAUACGUAUGAAAUUAUAAUGUUAUUAUAAGAUUCAACAUUUAAGUAAAACUAUUGUUUUUUUCGGGACUAAAAGCUUCCAAAAUUAUUAUUUUAUCUUUUUAAGGGAUCGGUUUCUCAUAUAUUUGUUAAAAAAUGCUGCAAAAAUAAUUGUUAAU